CCUUGAUUUGAUUUCUAGCUUAUCUGUUUUACACACUCUCGGCUAGGGUUUUGUCUGCGAAACCCAAUCUAGAGCUUCCAUGGCGACGCAUACCAUUUCUCGCUCCAUUCUUUGCCGACCGGCGAAAUCUCUUUCCCUUCUGUUCACGCGAUCUUUUGCUUCAUCUGCUCCUCUCGUCAAAAUUCCGGCGUCUUCUCUUUACACGUCGUCUCUGCUCAGCCGUUCCCGUCCUCUCGUCGCCGCUUUUUCCUCCGUUUUCCGUGGCGGCCUUGUGUCUGUUAAAGGUCUCUCAACGCAGGCUACGUCGUCUUCUCUGAACGAUCCGAACCCCAACUGGUCGAACAGGCCACCUAAGGAGACGAUCCUGCUCGAUGGAUGCGAUUUCGAGCACUGGCUUGUCGUCGUGAAUCCACCGGAGGGUGAUCCUACUAGAGACGAUAUCAUUGAUAGUUACAUCAAAACCCUAGCUCAGAUUGUUGGCAGUGAAGACGAAGCUAGGAUGAAGAUCUACUCGGUUUCAACUAGGUGCUACUAUGCUUUUGGAGCCCUUGUGUCAGAAGAUCUUUCUCACAAGUUAAAAGAGUUGCCAAAUGUGCGCUGGGUUCUUCCUGACUCUUACCUGGAUGUGAGGAACAAAGACUACGGAGGGGAACCUUUCAUCGAUGGCAAGGCUGUUCCUUAUGAUCCCAAGUACCACGAGGAGUGGAUAAGGAACAAUGCUAGAGCAAAUGAAAGAAACAGACGCAAUGAUCGUCCUCGCAACUUUGAUAGAACCAGAAACUUUGAGAGGAGAAGAGAGAACAUGGCAGGAGGCCCUCCUCCUCAACGUCCUCCAAUGGGAGGUCCUCCUCCUCCUCCGCACAUGGGUGGCUCUGCACCUCCUCCGCCUCACAUGGGUGGCUCUGCACCUCCUCCACCUCACAUGGGGCAGAACUACGGUGGACCACCACCACCAAACAACAUGGGAGGACAAAGGCCGCCACCCAACUAUGGAGGACCACCGCAAAACAACAUGGGAGGACAGAGGCCACCACCAAACUACGGAGGAGCACCACCUCCGAACUACGGAGGAGCCCCACCAGCAAACAACAUGGGAGGAGGACCACCACCUAACUAUGGAGGAGGACCACCACCUAACUAUGGAGGAGUACCACCACCAAACUAUGGAGCAGCACCGCCACCUAACUACGGAGGAGCACCCCCACAGAACAACAACUACCAGCAGCAGAGUGGUGGAAUGCAGCAGCCACAGUACCAGAACAACUACCCACCUAACCGGGAUGGCAGCGGUAACCCCUAUCAGGGUUAAAGUAGUUAAAGCAGUCGUGGGUUUCCUUUUCAAUCAUGCAUUCUGGGCUGUGUAUAGAUAAUUUGAGGAAGAGAGAGUGCAAUAGCAAGACUUAAAAACUCCUUUUUAUCUCGAGUGUUUAUCAGUCUGGUAUUAUGUGAGAGAGAGAAUAGCCCAAGUAACUCUGGCAUGGUUAGAACUUUUUACGCUUGCGUUUCGUUUUAUUAGUUUAUAUCCUAAAUCGAUCUCAAGUUCUUCCU